AUGGUGGAUUCUAAAAGAAUGGAUUCUGGUUCUAAAGAUAUGAUCAACGAUUUGCCAGACGCACUUCUUUGCCACGUUUUGUCAUACCUCACUACAAAAGAAGCUGCUUCAACAUCUCUUCUCUCGAGACGAUGGCGUUAUCUACUUGCUUUUGUUCCAAACCUUGAAUUUGAUGACUCUGCCUAUCUGCAUCGCGAUAAAAGGGUAAAGAAUCCUUUACAUGAGAAAGGUUUAGUGGGUUUCGUGCUUACGGUUGAUGACAAAAGGAAGAAGCUUUCUACAAGCUUUCCGGAUUUCGUGGAUAGGAUCCUUGAUUUACAAGGCAAUUCUCCUCUAGACAAAUUCUCUCUAAAGAUGGUAGAUGAUCAUGAUCCUGUUGAUCCAGAUUGUGUCGCUCCUUGGAUACACAAGGUAUUGGUACGUGGUGUAUCGGAUCUCCAUCUAGUCAUCGAUAUGAAUGAAUGGACGUCGCUUCCCGCAAAGAUCUUCUUGACUGAGACACUGGUUAAGUUGACUCUAAAGAUUAGAGAUGGUCCUCCCAUUGAUGUGAAACAUGUUCAUCUUCCAAAGCUUAAGACUCUCCAUCUCGAGUCAGUUAUGUUUGAUGAGGAGGAUAUUGGGUUUAGCAAGCUUCUUUCUGGUUGUCCCGAGCUUGAAGAACUUGUUCUCCAUCAUAUAUGGUCGUGUGUAUGGACAUCUUGCUCUGUUUCUGUUGCGACUCUCAAGAGACUGACCUUUUGUUGCAACAACAUGAAGUUUUGCGGUAUGCACGAGGAAAAUCCAAAUAAUGUGUCCUUUGAUACUCCAAAUCUUGUUUACUUGGAAUAUGCUGAAGUCAUAGCGAACAAUUAUCCAAAAGUGAAUUUUGAUUCGCUUGUUGAAGCCAAGAUCGAUAUUUGGAUGACAAAUGAUCAGCUAGAUGAGGUGAGAAUUAGAGACAUAUAUGAGAAAAACGUUAUGGUCGGCAAUGCAACAGAUCUUAUAGUUGGAAUCCGCAAUGUUCGGGUCCUCUGCUUAUCCGCUGACACUCUCGAGGUACUCACGUAUUGUUGCAAGCAAAUACCGAUAUUCAACAACCUGACUCAUGUAACUAUCCAGAGUACCCCAAAAGUUGGAUGGAAAUCAUUACUAAAGCUGCUUAAGAAUUCUCCAAAGCUUCAAACUCUCGUCUUCCAAGGACUCCUUCACAGAGAUACAAAGGAGGAGGGCGUUGCUAUCAUCAAAAUAGAGAAACAAAUAGAGAAGGUCAAGCAUUUUUUGGAAACAAUGCCACAUCUUGAACAAUUGGUUUUACACUAUGAUUCAUCUAUUGACGGAGAUAUGAAGCAACUUCUGAUGCUUAGUAGCUUAGCUUCACCAAAGUGCAAGGUCCAACUUAUCCCUUUAGUAACCUGAGAGUAUCAUCAUUUACUGUUCCCACUUCGUUCGGACGAUAUGAGAGGUC